CCCUGUGUCGACGCGAGGAGGGAUCCCUGGGUUUUAAGCGCUAGCUUUGUAAGAACUGGAGAAAAACGAAACGAGAAACAGAAACAAUAUAAACGUAACGUGCAAAUAAACCGCCAGAUUCACGUCGUACCAAAUAAGAGAGUCAGGCCCUUAGACCAAAGGAAAAUGGUAUUCUCCGUUUUCCUCGUCUUCGCCAUGGCUUUCGGAGCGACAGCAGUCAGCGCUCAGGCUGACUGUAGCUUCAACACCACAGGAAAUACGGUGUCUUUGUGCAGCCUUCUGACGAACACCGAACCGUUUUCUGUUGCUUCGUGGCGAGGGGGGACUGGCUCAGAGUCGAACUGGAGCGGAGGACCUGCGGUGGAUAACGGAAAUGAUCCUGCAGGCGGAUAUGGCUUCACGACAACCUACGACAUGGUGAACACAGACCAACCGUACAAGAAGGCGUGGCUGGUGACGGAACCGAGCCCGAAAACAGGGGCUUUGGGGAAGUGCCUCGAGUUUGCGUACGCCAGCUACGGCCUGGGCAUCGCAGAGUUCCAAGUCCUCCUGAUGACCUACCUGACGGAGGACGUGAACGACGCCCUGGAGAACAACACGGCCCCGAUCGUGUUCCAGCGAACGAACCUCAUGAAGCACAAAGGUUCGACUCGUGGGAAGUGGCAGCCGGCGAAGAUCACGUUCUCAGCCAAGGGCGACUUCAGCGUGGCGUUCGAAGCUGUUCCGGAUCUUUUAUACGAGCGGUACACCGGAUACGUCGCCGUGGAUGAUAUUACCUUCAAGGACGGUCCGUGCGAGAAUGAGUGUAUAUUCGACCUCAACUUCUGCGAGCUGACGAACGAACCGAACAACGACGACUUCGACUGGUCCCUGGGUCGCGGAACCGAGAAAACGAACACGGGGCCGACGAAGGACCAGUCGUCUUUUAUUACUAGCGGGGUUACUAGUGGUGGUUACGCUUAUAUCGACAGUAGUUACCCCAGGACAAGUGGCGAAAUCGCACAGCUGGUUUCGCCCGUUCUUGAUCCAACCGAGUCUCCAAAGUGCUUGAAAUUCUGGCUGAAUAUGUAUGGUAGCGGUAUCGGGGCUUUGAGAGUCCUGUACGCCCCCACGGCAACCGCAAACAACAUCCGGGAACUCUGGAAGAUCGAAGGAGCAUCUUCAGGCACUGACGAUUGGUACCCCUGCCAGGUGACGGUGGCUUCGCCUGAGAGUUUCAACCUGAUUUUCGAAGCUUCAGUCGGUAGUCGAGGCUCCGGUGAUAUUGCCAUCGACAGCAUCACGUAUUCCGAGGGGGCGUGUCCUAGCCAGCCUUCGUACUCCACAAGCAACUGGGGGGACUGUAACUUCUUGGAGAACACGUGUGGCUGGCAAAUACCCUAUUUCCCGGCUGAAGUUUGCUCGAUGUUAUCCCGUGUCUCAGAAAACUCGGAGAACCCGCGUGGGCAUACGGAGAAUGAUUUCGACAUUACCGACUCCUACAUUCAGUUCGACUUGAGUUGUUACCAGCAGCAAGCUCGACACACGGUUUCGCUCACUUUCCUGCAAGCCAGUAUCACAGCGGAGACCUGCCUGUCCUUCUGGGUUUUUAUGUUCACGCGAGUCCAAUCUCAAAGCAAAAUUGGAGCCCUUAGUGUCAUACUGAUGACUAAUGAUGGCAACCAGACACUGUGGAGAAUGGAAAAUGAACAACAUUCAGACUGGGUGUAUGCACAGGUGACCCUCCCCGCCGUGGGACUGGCGACCGUCGCAUUUCAGGCCACCAAAGCUUCGUCAGUCAUCGGGAUGAUUGGCGUGGAUGACAUUGCCGUGUUCAGCUCUCCUUGCGAAGUGUUGCCAGAACAAGCUCGCGUCGAGGUCGCCGACUGCACCUUCGAUCACACCUUCUGCGGCUGGACGGUACAGAACGAGGACCCGCUGGCCACCAGGCCCUCGGAAAACUGGCGCUUCGCGACCCGGGACGUGGGCGCCGUGUCUGGCCUGCGGGACCACACCUUCGACGCCGAUGGAGGAGGUUUCGUCUUCCUCGACGUCUUCAACACCGACAUCGUGAGCUGGCUAAGAAGCCCCAACGACCUCGAGAAGAACGCGACCUACUGCCUCUCCUUCGUCUUCGCCGCACUCUUCCCUGACUCGGGGGCGGAGCUCACCGUCGUCAAGGACCUGGUGAGCACGAAGGAGAGGGUGUGGCAGGUGCGAGGGAACGCCAUUCGCUUCGAGGAGAACACGUGGUACAAGGGCCAGGUGGAACUCGAGGCGGUCGAGGACGGCUUCACGGUGUACUUCGAGGGCAAAGUGCAGAAAGGAGGAUGGGCGCUCGAUGACGUCAAGCUGAGCGAGACAAGUACAUCCUGCAGGAUGGCACCGGAUUUCGCCCUGCAAAUACCAUGAGCCGGGGAAAUGCGCCUUAUUUGUGGGGUUUUGUUCAUGAAAAUAAUGCCUUGGUGACCUUAUUCAAAGUCGAAAUAAGUACGUCUUAUUUUGGAAGUCUUAUUUCGACUUUGACCUUAUUUUCUCUUUUGUGUAUUAAUAGUACAAUCAUAAUAUAUUUUUUAACUACUGUGCACGCUUUCGUUACGAGUUCCCUGACUUAAAAUUUUCACUUUUAAGAUUUUUUGUAUAUACUAUUAUGCAAUAUUAUGGCCAGAUCUGCAAUUCAAUUACAGGCAAGGCAACAUAUUAAUAAUAUUGCUGGUUGAAAUUUGUGAAAUAUAUUGUUCUUGAGAAUAUAUAAUUUCUAUUUUAUUGGUCGGUGUGUUUGUUAAAUUUUCAUGAAUAUGAUAUGAAAUAAAGACAGAAUGUGGUUUACAUUUUACUUUGUGAUAGGUUUGGUGUAACUUUGUAAAGAGUAGGUAUUGGAACAAAAGUUAAGUGUCAGUACAGUCAUUUGAAUUAGUUCUUGUUUCUGCUUAGAGGUUAAGAUUCUAUAUUUACAUUCAAUC